AUGGCUGGAGGAUGCACGGGGUGUAUGGGUCCAUGCAAAAUUGUGCUACUCAAGUAUUCGCGCUUCAACAGAAGCGCAUUCGUGAGUUCUCCGGUGCUCAACGCCUUCGUUGCUCUCGGACCGACAGAAAAUCUCUACGACUUCAGUUCAUUAAGCCCCGAGGCUCUCACACUGGGACAAUCUCUGGAUGAUAACGGUGGGAUCUGUCAAAGUGGUACCAACGAUUGGGGAGCCACUCACAACGUCGUCACCGGAUCAGCUCAGCAAAUACUGGACGUAAUCAACACACUCGGUUUCAGUGUAGCACCACAAAUGGUGCGAGAACUCGAGCUCUCCGUCGGGCGUACAGAUGGGUGUGAUACAAGGUGGAGCAUGCUCUCGCUCACACGCCUUUUCCAGAUCCCAACGCGAGCGGGAGACUCAAAUUUCGGCAAACUCUCGGCGUUAGACAUCAGUAUCUUUCCGGAUUAUACGGAAUGCCGUCCUGUGGUCACCGUAGACGACAGUCUAGUCGGCUCCAAGCUCUCGUUGAGAACGAAUGGAGAGGAUCUUUUGGGUGUAGUUCCCGAUAGCUUCACGCUGUUCCCGUACAGUUUCACCAGCAGCUUACCUCACGUCUCUCGUGUCGUGCCUGCCGGUAGUACAAAGUACCCAGCGAUUAGCGUUGUACAGCCUCUACUUCGAGCCUACUUUGGUGGCUGUAGAGUGCGUGAGGUAAACACAACCGGUAUUUUCAUUGAAGAUACAUGCGAGGUGUCGAAUCAUUGGGAAUCGUACGGGUUAAUGGUUCAUUCUCCGGACGAUAUCCCGCUCUGUAGUACCGAUCGUCCGGAUCGCAACGGUAUGAAUGUGAAUUCCUUCCGUAGUCGCUACGCUGAUACCGUCGCUAUCAAUUUAUUACCAGGCCUGGUGGUGGGUCAGAUCUUGCUCAUGGGCGUCGUCAGUCUCUACCAAGUGAUGUCACACAAACGUUCCGUAUUACUCACUCAAAUCUGGGCCUAUCGCUGUCAGAAUGGAAGGAUGCAAAUUGUAUACCUGGCUCAAAUCAUCUACCACCUCGUAUUUUACUCGGAUCUUCCCAUAGCGAAUCUGACGUGCUGUUUUUUCGCCUUUUCCUACUCGUUUAUCAACCUCCUGAAAGCCCGUUCGGGUGACCAGCAGCUAGAUCGAUAUUUUCGACUAACAUGGGAAGCCAUGCAGCUGGUUACUACGAUGACUAUCGGCUUCAUUCUACUAUCAGCUCAAAUGACGCCACUCGAGUCAAUUAUCACGAAAAACUCUGAAAUUUUGCGAAAGACGUCCACGCGAGGAGCAAAGUACUGUGGGCUGAAUGAUUCGUGUAUCCUCUUUAAAGUUGGUAUGCUUUCCGUCAUCGCUGUGCUUUCAGUGGUGCUCGACAAUCUUACAUCCUUCGAAAGGAACUGCAUUGGGGGGCCAUUCAAGAAACUGUUCCGAGACUGCGACGACAUCGCCUACAUCUCGUACAAUGGCAAACACUGUAUUACUGUCGAAGCGUUACUUCUCACGGGGUAUCUCUACUACGGUGAACAUGUCUACCAGGCAUCUUCCGUUAUGCUGCUACUAGUGGCACGUUUGGUGCCACGUAAAAUGCUCCGCACCUUCAACAUGCUAUUCCUACGUUGGUACAUGGAUUCAAAACACGGCACGUUGUCCGAGCCGCGUUCGUGCACAUGGUACCAUGCAAGUACGGAGAAUUACCAGUUGAGUGGAGCUGUGCCCCUGGCAUAG